UCGAGCUGACGUAGCCUCGCGCGGCGGCGCUGUGCUCGCGAUGCUCGCCGUGAAGUGACCGGACACUUGCGACGUCGAUCCGGCUUCGCGGUUUGUUUGUUAGUUUGUCGACUCGUUCUUGCAUCUUUCUUUUAGUUCUCGUUCUUUUCUUCUUCUUCUUUGUUUUAGCGCGGUGUAAAGUGUCCGUGGAUGUGGGAACAAUUCAGGUUAAACGAUGAAAGGGAGAACACCCUUUUCUGUGUGCUUGAAACAUCGCGUCGAAGAAUGACAACGGCCACUUAGCUCCCGGUAAUGAGACGCAUCAUCAAUAAAUGCGACGGCACCCUGUGAAGAUCGCGCCAUGGAUCCGGCAUCGAACGACCCUCAAGCCAUGCGGUUGCUUUUUGUUGUGACUACGAUACCGUGAUUGAUUCGAUGAACUCGGCUCGUGUACAGCUAUUUCAAGCAGCUAAGCAAGACUUCGAAAACAAAGCAUUCUUCCACCACACGAGGAUUUCUGGACUGCGCCUGAUAGUGUCCCGCUGCUCUUGGCCCAAGAGAUCGACGACCGAUUGACCGAUCUACCUGCAUCUGUAACCAGCCACGGGGACGAAAGUAGAAGCUCUGCUACCUUUUGUGACAAUCAUUUGUCGCCAAUAACGUGCACAACACUCCUAACAAAACGGAUGGUCUUGACAGUUGUUGACGCUUCGUCACAGCAACAAGUGAUGCUGAAUAUAAGACGCCUAUUUAUGAAACAAAAUGUGGCUAAAUGAAUGGAACGGUAAAUGAAUGGUAAAUUGUAAUGUUCGCAAACCCUACGAUGUCAUGUUGUUUCCCAUUGAAACCGGACUUACAAGAGAGACCACCCAUGAAGUAUGAGACAAGUUGAGUAUGAGACUGUUGGCACACUCGGGACUCCAAGAUACACGUAGAUGGAGGACCAAAGGUCAAGAGCAACCGAAGUAAUUCACUGGCUGUAGUGAAACGCUGGGAACUUGACAACAUUGUCUCGCCAGGAGUCGUCUUAGAAAAGGAAAUGACAUGUCACAUUUUAUUGGUACUUAGAAAAAAGAAAGAUUGUGUGAAAUCGGUUGAGGAAAUCUCUCAGACUGCAAGAAGUAGCUUCAGUAACAGGAAUCGUCAAAUUAGACUAGCGAAGUAUCCGAUAUAAGUUUUCUCCACGCAUAAAUAUUUAUUCGUCCUCGCGGUUGUACUACUUUACCGGCACAGCAACCUUGGUGUACUUCUAUUCGGUUGGGAUACUGGAUGCGGAACAUUCUCCUGUCUCGUUAAACGUACCUUCUAAUCACGGCUGUAAGUUAUUUGGGAGAAGAUUUGAUCAGACAAAAACGAAUUAUGCGGGCGUUGAAGCUGUGUUGACGCAAGUCAAUUCGGGGCUAGGGAAAGGUUGCGAAGUUUAGAGAGGUCUCGAGCACUCUUGUGCGUACUGCACGCUAGAUUCAUUGUGGAAGAACCGUCGUGCUUCUUGUAAGGUUGCAGUCAGCACCGGCCUUGAAUAAAAAGUCCUAAGACAGAAAAAUCAGUAAUACUACCACCGAAACUAAUUAGAGCGUGUGAAUAAAUUGUCACCGUUCUGCAAAAGUCGACGCUAAUUAUUUGCUCUUGUCUCUUGUCGAGCACCGGAAGCAACGGUAAAGAUUAAACGAGGGUAGGUCAGGACCACGAAAAUACGCGCCUGAGUGCUCCCAUAUCCUUUCAAAGGUUACGCUAAAAUUCUUGCAUGUAAUUUCUUCAAGCCGUUUGAAAAUUUGCGGCACACGCCGUCACUUCUUGGAAACUCUUCCUCUGAUUUUGCCGCCGUUGGUAAAAUAAAUUCAAGAUUUUGUGAGCUCACGAUUACAUUAUAAAUUUUAUUAGGGCUUGCGAAAAUACGCUCGUUAGAAAGUAUUCAUCAAUAUAUUGCAUAGUGCGUUGACUGCAUACAUCGUUUGCGCCAAAGUAAUCAGCAGCCUGAUAACUUAGAGAUCAUUGUUUUGUUGAUCAUAAGUAAAAUUGUUGACAUUUCCAGGGUACCCUGUCAGCUUAUCUUAACAUAUCGGCAGUUACUACUUAAGGUUUCAAAUUAUUGUCAAGCUCUUAACUAACUUGUAACAGAACACCUCCAGCGCUAAAUAGUUAGAACUCACUUUAGCUUUGCCAUAAUUACGAAGCUUUGAUCAAACCGUCCAUACAAGUGGACAUGUCGACAGUUUCGUGAACAAGAGUGGAAUUUAAGAUGGCUUCUGAGCUCUGAGAAGCGUCGUCGCGAGACCGUAGCCUAACAUCGGGAACACACAAGGGAACCUUGCUACAUGCAAAUCUGGGAUGAUUACACGCAUCACAUUCCGCUACCACUCUUCGUGUCAGUCCUCUUCACCUAGAAGUUCGAUGGUCUGCAGAUAGCUUCGCAGCAACUUAGUUUGCCUAACUCUUGCCAGGUAAUUCUUCGAUCGAAGCUAUUGAAAACACAAAGCCCGCUUCGAAGAAGGUGUUGUACAGUAAAGCGCAUUUAGGGACGUGUAAUGUAACGAUACCCUUCGCAACAAAUACCCCAAAAUCUCCUGCACAAGAGAAAUCUUCGUCGAAGUGCACAUCGGACCACAAACAGGCUGACCGAGAACCGAUUUUCGGACCACUGCUUCUGCCGGCAUGUCUUUGGACUGAGGUCAGUGAAAACAGAAGCAUCCGGUCUUCCAGCUUCGCAUCAACUCACAGGUCUUCACUGGAAGUCCACAAUAGAAGACGUUCUAAGAGCACGUGGAAGUAGCCCAGAGUUCGAAGACAUCUCGCCACCGCGCCACAUGGAAGCGAGCGCGGGUUUUCGCAUCGGCUUCCCUUACGCCCUGCACGCGCCGGGUCUUUACGGCCCGUCGUCUUUCGGCAGCCCGCUGUCCGCAGACUCCGCGACCGCCGCCGUUCUUCGAGGCAGCGGUAGCGGGGUUCGUGGCGGGGCCUCCCCUCCUGCCAGCGGAACGACCCGGGCUGAAGUGGCAGACCUCGGUGGGGGCGAGGACCUGCGUAGUGACGACGAGUCCCCGGGACCCGUCCACAGGAUGGGUCUGCCACCGACCACUUCCCCAUGCUUCGGAGUGUCUGUCCACCCGUCCGCCUUGGCCGCAGAGAUGUCGCCCACGCAAGGCCAUCAUGCGCUGCAGAGGCAAAUGCACCCGCACUCACAACACCACUUGCACCCAGGCUCCGUCGUCUCCGUCGGAGCACGACCCUCCCUCGCAGCCGUCACAGCGGCCGUAUCGUCGGCCCCGCCUCAGCCGGCGCCCAGCCUGGCCAGUUUGCCGGGCCACCAUGGUGAGCCGCAGCGGCACCACCACCAGCCGCGUGCCCCGUCGACCCCCGAGCCUCCGGCGCCGCCCGCGAGCCAGGCGGCCAUGAUGGCCGGGGGCCGCAAGCACCGGCACGCCAAGACCAUGCGGCUCAGCAUCAACGCGCGCGAGCGAAGGCGCAUGCACGACUUGAACGACGCGCUCGACGAGCUGCGCUCCGUCAUCCCGUACGCGCACAGCCCGUCCGUGCGCAAGCUCUCCAAGAUCGCCACGCUCCUGCUCGCCAAGAACUACAUUCUCAUGCAGGCCAACGCCCUGGAGGAACUGCGUCGCAUCAUCGCGUACAUGAACCAGGCCGGAGGCGUGGCCAUCCCAGCCGCAGCCGCGGGUCCCCUGGCGGCUUGCUGCCCCGUGCCGGCACAGGUGGCCUCGGUCCAGAACCACGGCGGGGAAACCGGAAGAGGAAGCAAGUUCCAGGGAACCCCUAGUUCCGGUCUCUUCUCGCCGUUCGCUCCCGCGCUGAACGGCGGAAGCCCAACGGACUCCGGAGGCGGGGCGAGUGACGGCAAACCGUGACGUAGACGGACGCGUCAGUGACCUUGACUAAGUCAUCUGUGCGUGCUCUUGCGUGUGGAUUCGCUGCGGUUCACGUGCAGUGGGCGGUGUGAAAGAACAGUGGCGCCACCCAUAGCCAAGUUCCCUGGACUCGUAGACGACUGCGCAGGCGCCAUUCCUCGAAGCGUUUAGUGUUCAGGAGGACAAGAGUGUUUAAACACAUGCUGGGACAUGUCUGAACUUUUGAGCCGUGGUAUAGUUUUCCUUGGCUCACGUGACCAGAGACAAAAUGUGCGCGCAGCGUUCUUCGAAGCUGUCUCCGCAAAAAUGACAGCGUUUUGUGGAGGACAGGCCGGAGCUAGACGAGGCCCUUGCGACGACAUGGAUUUACAUGGUGUGGUUCAAAACGCGUUUCCGUCACGUUAGGACAAGGUGUAGGCGUUGGAGGGCUUAGACCUAACUAUAAGCGGGCGAAAAAAAAAAAAAGGCCAAGCUGUUCGGCAGUGCUCUUACGAUGCCACUCGUCGCACUGUAGGAACCCGUCGAGAAAUAUUUAAGCAGUUCUAUUUCGGAUGCUAUUAUUCUAUGAGCGAUGUUUUAAGCGCUCUAUAUAUAAACCUUGGUUACUGGUUAUCCUAGCAAACUUUGUGGCUCUCUUUUCAAUGCGCGAGCGUGGGUCGAUCGCGAUAAUGAACCAUUACGAAAACUGCAGUCUUUUGCCUGCUUUAGCCGACAAUGAAGUGUUUUGUAUCACUCAGUUCCUACAUUACUUGGUAAAUACGAUAAAAAAUGCGACCAAUUGUUGAUUUAAGCUCACUGAGUGGAUGUGAUCGCCUUACAAUAUACGCCGCUUUGCGACGCCAUUAGUAUGCACAUCGCCAGCAUGUACCUGCGACUCACGGAGACGACCACGAAUAUCUGGAAACAUCGCACUCUUGUGCGUUCAAAUAUUCAAAGGAAACAAAACUGUAUGAGUAUCCUAUUGUAGAGCAAAAUGAAAAUGAGAAAAUGAAUAAGGUAUUUCAGAAAUGAAAUAUACGAACAUAGAACGAAAACAUAAAAUGAACAUAGAUGAAAAUAAAGCUCUUCUAACAGGCACCAGUGGCAAACUAAAUAUUGUUACAGGUAUUAGGGUGAAAUGUUGGUUAAGUUAGGACGUCUGCUUUAGGUAAGACGUUGAAGUCGUCUUCUAGCUGCGCCGUUAAUCCGAGUAUAAGGUGAAGCACAUAUUUGACUCAAAAGCAGUUUAUCAUAGCUUUAUACUUAUGAAAGUCCAAACCAACGUUAUAUGGCAAGUAUAUCUGCAUUUUUAUUGAUGUAUAAGCUGAUUGCCCAAACCCAAAAAAAGCCUCGCCAUUGGUUACCGCUGCGUGAACGCUGUCCUACAAAUUAAGCUUGGAUUGCGAGGAGGUUGACAUUAAUGUUUCAUGCGACUUCUAAUUUGCUUUACAUGUUACACACUAUUGAACUGCAGGGAUUCUGUUCGCAUAACCUGCCCUAAAAGGCAAGAACAUAUAUUGCUAACCUGAUCUCAUAAUGAGUUUAGAAGACCGCGUGGUGAUCCAGGCAGCCUUAGCCAGAUAAUGAGUCCGCACGUCUCAUUUGAAGGAAACGUCAUGAAAUGUCUUCUUUUAUAAAGCUUCCUCCAGUUGCAAAAUCGCCGCAGAGAGUCUGAGCAGAUGUCGACCAAAGAAAGGUUGCUGAAGAGUACAGGUUGCAUUCCUGUAAGUGCUGUAGUCAAAAUAUUCAUAAGCAUACACAUCCCGCAUAACUUUAAUGCGUUAAAUUGGCGAAUGCACUAAGCAAACUCGAUUCGAGGGUUUCGUAAAAUCCCGUUUGUCUUUUUUUUCCCCCAGAAAUCAAUUUCUAAUGUUGCGCCAAGACUGUGAUGUUUAGUUUUUCUUCCUUGCAACCUGCCUGCAUUGUCCUAUAUAUGUGAGCGAGAGUGCCGCUUGAUUCUCUUGUGUUCCUCGAGCGUUCAUCAUCGCCUAACUAUUCGGAGAAUAAAACUCCGUGAAUGGAAUUUUCUGACGCGCGGUGAUCGCGGUUUGAGCGCGAGCACGCGAGAUUUGUGGAUAAAGAACUGAAGAGUGUA